AAUUUUUCUAAUAUCAGUAAUAUCUGUAAAAAAUUAUUAAUGACGCAUAAGAACAAUUGUUUUUUACAUGCAUAUUAAGUUUAAAAAAAACUAAUUCAAAUCGUACUAUGUAUUUAACUUUGGAACAACUAUUCAGUGGAACAAAAUAUACUAAACAAUUAAACAUAGCUGAUAUCAAAUUAUCAAUGAGUGCCAUCACAGAAUAUAAUUUUUUUAUUUAGCCGUGGUUACGACUAAUACAACUUCCUGAUUGGAUAUUCAUUUCUUAUCACUCUUUUUUUUUUACUGUUAAAUAGUAAAUAAUUUAAAAUAUUAUUUUGAAUUGUUUUAGAAUUUUUAGAUACUUAUUAAAAUUGUCUUCUUUUAAUACUAUCAAAGUAUCAACAUUAUUAAAUACCAAUAAAUCACAGUAUGUAUGAAUAAUUAAUUUUGUAUUGUUUUCCUGUUUAUUGAAUUAUGUAGUAAAAUAACAUGUCUUAUUAGUUACAUUAUUACAUACAUAUUUUUGUAAAUGUUUAAUAAUUAUAUAAAUUAUGGCUGCUGAUAUUGAAUGUUUGAAAUGGAAUACAACAAGUUUCAAACCGUCCAACGUUUUGGAUUACACAGAAUACACUUUAGCAUUGAAACCGUCUCAUUGGCUAAACCUGAAGACAAAAGGCCAUACAACAAGACUGUCAUAUUUAGGUCUAACACAGAGAUUAGCAUCUUUAGACAAUCUUAAUAAUUUAUACGUGUAUGAUUGGUCCAAAGCUGAUUUAAAAACUAUAAAAUCAAGAUAUGAAUAUAAUAGUAGACUUACAAGUUUGGCAAGCAAUUGUUCAGGAAAUCAAAUAGUUACAUGUUCAGAUAACGGAAAAAUCCAACUGUGGAACAUUAAAUUUUCAUGUUUGAAGAUGUUAACUGAAUUCAGAGGUCAUUAUCAAUGUGUACGUAAUGUCGAGUAUUCUGUCGACAAUAAUUAUUUAAUAUCUUGUUCCAAUGAUAAAACAUUUAAAAUAUGGGAUUGUCAAUCUAAUAAGUUUGUUGCCAGUAAUAUGUUUCAUCGUAAUUGGGUUAACGUAGCAAAGUUUUUCAAACAAGAUAAACUUGUCAUUUCCUGUUCAAGAGAUUCGUAUAUACAAGUUUUUGAUUGUUGUUCAGGAAAAUGUGUUAUAAAAUAUAACUUGAGUCCAGAUUUUGCAGAAUCACUUUCAUUAAAAGAAGAAUUCUCAAUAGCGGUGGGUACAAAACUAGGGUCUAUUCAAAUUUUUGAUUUGAGAGCCUUAAAAGUUUUACAAAAAUACAAUGAACACACUAGUCAAGUAAAUUGUGUUCAAUAUCAAUAUAGGACACCGUGUUUGGUCUCGGUUUCAAAAGAUAAAAAAUUAAAUGUUUACGAUACUGAUGAAGGAAGAUUUUUGUAUUCAAUUGAUCACUCUAGUGAAAUAAAAUCAAUGAAUAUUUCCUCAGACGAUAAAUUACUUGCAACAACAUCGUUUCAUUUUGAGAAUGAGAUUUCUUUAUGGAAAACAGAGACACUGAAAAUUUAAAGAUUUUAUACAUUUUACAUUCCAAUAUUUAUGUGGUACUAUAUAAAAAAAUUGUUCUGUACAUUUAUAUAUUUUAUUUAUUCAUUAAUAAAUUAUAGUUACUUAAAAUUCCACUUA